ACCUUCCUGCUCUGCUCUCUUCUUUUCGGCCACCACUGGAUGAUUACAGAUAGGAUUUACCUUUUCUUUUCUUUUUAUUCUCCAUCUAGACAUGUGGUUUGUUACUACAUAUGUUUCCCUCCGUCAUUUCUUCCUUUCAUAUAGAUGAAGUGGUGUGAAACCCUUUUCAGUCGGGAUAGUUGACUGAUGUCGGAGGCGGGACGCCGGGCAGGCCGUAGAUGAUCACAGCUUGACUUUUGUUUCCAUACUGCUGGUGGUCGUUUAAAGGAUGGACUCCGUCUCUCAGAACCUGCGAGAUGAGAUCUCGGAGCUGCUGAAGCCUCACAGAGUCCGUCUGGUGACGCCGGUGAUUCUGAACCCCGCCAGUCAGCCAUGUGGGAGAUCGGCCAACCGGUUCGUGGUGCUGAGUCAAUGGAGAGCUUUCCUGGUUACAAACAAGCAACCUGUCAGGGUGGAGAGCACUUUCAGCUACUUGGAGAUCAGUUCCAUCAACAUCGACAGUCUCACACAGAUCAUGUUGGAGACAGACAGGCAGACUCUGUCUUUCAACGUGUUGCACGGUGAGGAUCUCGAGGCCAUGGUCAGCCACGUGAGUGCCUCGCUGAAGAGGAUCUUCCCUGAUUCAUCUCCAGGAAAGCUGCUAAAGAGGAUUCCUCCGGAGUUCCAGCUGAGACUCCGCACAUUGACUGAUUCCAUCAAAGAGCAGCUGAGCAGUCAGACUGCCUCCUGUGGAGGAUUCUCUGAUACCUAUGCUGCUCUGUGUGAUUUCAACGAGAUGCCACUCCGAGAGGAGAUCCAGUGGGAUGUUGACAACAUCUACGGCGUCAACAACUGGAGGGAGUUCAACCUGCAGGACUUCAGCCACUUAGACAGCAGGAACUUGGCGUUAGCAGUAGCAUCUCUGUCUUUCAACCAGUGGUUUACUAAGAUCUACUGCAAAGACCUCAAGCUGUCCGUAGACAUCCAGCAGCAGCUGACCUUCCUGCUGUCCAGAUCUCCCGGUCUGGAGGAGCUCUCACUGGAGGCCAGUGGACUCAAACUGGACUUUGCAAUCAAAAUGGCAGCUGCCCUGCAGGAGCACCCCUCCUCUGCCCUACAAUCCAUCAACCUGUCAGGCAAUCCAAUUGAAGACAAAGGUGUCAUUGCUCUCAGUCAGGAGCUGGGGAAUCUAGCCGAAGGACUCAAGCACUUAUCUCUGUCCCGGGUAUCAAUGACUGCUAGAGGUCUCGGCUGUCUGGGUCAGAUGUUAUCCUCCACUCAGCUGUUCUCAGCAUCUCUGACCCACCUCGACCUGUCCGCUAACCCCGGCAGCUUGGUUGAAGAGGCCACGUUUCUCUUCAAGUUCUUGUCCAGCACCAACCGUCUGUCUCAUCUGGACCUCAGUGACACCAGCUGUCCUCUGGACACGUUAUUUGUGUCCCUGUCUGCUGGAUGUUGUUACAAACUGAUGCACCUGAACCUGGCCAGGAACCCCUUCAGCCACAGGAAGGUGCGGGAGUUAUUACUGCAGGUCUGGCAACCAACACUCGUCCUGCCUUGGGCUGGGAGUUGGGACCUCAGACUACGUUCAGCAGGGGCCCAGGUGAUACAGGAGCACAUCUCUGAUGCUACAGCUAUCAGAAGUCUGGAUAUCUCUGACAAUGGUUUUGAGAAUAGCAUGGUAACUCUGGUUCUGUCUGUCGGUCGAUGUCACUCUCUUCGACACCUCGCACUGGGAAGAAACUUUGCCAUGAAGUCCAGAGCUCUCACUGAUGUUCUUCAUCGAAUAGCUCAGCUCAUUCAGGAUGAAGAGUGUCCCUUGCAGUCUCUAUCAGUGUGUGACUCUAAGCUGAAGACGGGGAUUCACAUCCUGCUGAGCGCUCUGGGCGGCCACGCUGCUCUGGCUGAAGUGGACAUCAGUGGAAACAACAUCGGAGACCAAGGAGCCAAGAUGCUGGCCAAGGCCCUGAUGACUAACACCAGACUGAGAACCAUAGCAUGGGACAGAAACAAUGUAACUGCCAGGGGUUUCCAGGAUGUGGCUGAUGCCUUGGAGAGGAACUUCACUCUGCAGCAGAUGUCUGGCCUGGCUGAUAUCACACAGAGCUACCGCAGCAGCCCCGACAGAACAAAAGAGGCCCUGCACAAGAUUCAGCGGUGUUUGGACAGAAACAACCAGCGACAGUCUGAAAGAGUAAAGCACGUGUUUCGAGCUCAACAAUCUGAAAAGGUCCAGGGUAUGUGUCAGCAGUUGGAGGACAGCCUUCAACGUUUAAAACACUGCAACAUUCAGGACGUACAGGCUGACAUCCUGACAGCGCACGAGGUGCUGCACAACGCCAAGGAGUCCUUGAAGCUGCUUCCUUCUCUGGAUGAGGCCGGCAGGAAGUGGGCCUCUGAUGGAGAUGUGGUGAACUCCAUCCUCUCGGACGCUGCCGCUGCUCUGACUCACAAGUUCAACAGAAGCAUCCAGGAGCUGGCUACAGACUUGAGGAGGUGUGCAGAGGCAGCAUGUCCAUGGCUGGUCCAGCGCUCUAGUGUGUGUGAGUGUCUGUCAGAGUGUGUGUCCAAAAGAAGCCGGCAGGCACAAACAUUCCUGAGAAGCACUCUGGUGGAGAACACAGGGCAGAUCAUCAGCGACAAACUACGUGAACUGAGACACACACUGAGUGUCUCUCUGGCUGAAAGCAUCAUAGAGCAGGUUCAACAGGACCUGACAAUGGAACUGGACAAAAUGGAUUGCCUCAUAAAAGAGAAUUCAUGCAUCGCUCUGAAAACCAACAUCCCGGAGCUUCGACUGGUUGACAGCAACUUCCCAACGGAUGACUACAGCCCAGCGUUUUGGAGAAAUAGUUUCCACUCCAAGAGCCUGAGGCCGGCCCCUUCGAUUAAGAGUCUUCUGGAUGCAGACUGGGAGCAGCAGAGCAGGGACAGAGGAGUAGAGCGAGAGAGGGGAGGAGAUGCUGAAGAGGAGAGCGGAGGAGGAAGGUGUGGCCUCGCUCUGUUGCCGACAGCAACCCCUCUGUCAGUCAGGUUUUUAGGGCCCUCCCCUUCCCCGUCCCCCUCCCCCCCGGGACUGCGAGGGUGGAGGCGGAGAGAGGGGGAGGUGGUGGCGGAUGCUGCAUCGCUCAUUCCUCCUCCCAGUCUCCCCCUCCUUUACUCGGUCUCCGCUCGUGCUGCAGAGGAGGAGGCUGCCGGCCGCGGAGGCUUACCCAGACGACAGGCUCCCUUCCCCGGCUGCGGCCCCAGCCCAGGCCCCCUUCCGGGCUCUGGAUCCCCAGAUUGCCCCAUGGAUCCUCUACCCACCCAGGGACAGACUCUAAGGCAUUACACCGCCUCCCGGCCACGGCCACGGCGCACACACACACAGCCCCCCUCCUCCAGGCCUCAGGAGCCGGUUUUAAAGGUAGAAAAUGAGUCCGGUGAGGGGAUGGGCCGAGUGGAUGAAGGAGUAGAGGAGUUCUUUACCAAGAAAAUCAUCCCUGACUAUGCACUAAAAGGCCAGUGGGAGGAGUCAAUCCCUGCCCAAGCCACUCCCCCAGAGUCAAGCUCCACCCACUCAGCCUCAACCCCCUUUUCCUCUUCGUCUGACAAUAUCACCUCCACCACCCCCACUACCACCACUGUCACCUCUCCCUCUGUCCCAUCUACUGACACGCCCUUCACAUCCACUGAUGUUUCACCCCUCUCUACACCCUCCACCCCCCCUGCCCCCUCUUCCAUCACCACCUCCACCCUUCCCACCAAAAACAUCAAGAAAAAGUUUGGCGACUUCUUUGCCUUCAAGAGGGCUCGAGCCGGCCGAGCCACCAAGGCCGGAGGGGGAGAGGGAGGCGGAGGAGCAGAGGGGGUGAGGGUCAAACGGACCUCCAUUGCAGACCUCAUCCGACCCCUCCGCGAGGCCAAAGAAAGGGAGAGAGAGAGGGAGAGAGAGAAGGGGAGAGGGGCAAGGUCAGUGGAGGAUGCUAACGUUUGUAAUGAUGCCGCCACCACAGAAGGAACCGUUGCCAUCGGCCGCCGUCUUGCAGGCGAUGCGGGGGGAACGAUGGCGCCUGCCAAGACUUUAACCACGACGACGCCUUCCAGUGACACCGCUCCCCCUUACCCCACCAUCACCACAAGCCCCGACCUCGCCACUGCAACGCUUCUCAACCUGGAGGAAGGGGCGCUUCCUGUCUUGCCGGGCCGCAGCCCCAGUCCUGUGGUCACUUCGCCUCUUACCGAGCAGGACAGGAGAGGGGUGCCGGGGAAGGAGACGACGUUGGGAGGGACUCCGUACGGAGAGAGGAGACUGAAGGUGACCAAAAGGUCCCUGAGAGAGGGCAAGAGCCAGAGUCUCAUCCUGCUGACGGGGUUAGAGCCUGAAGACAAUGACGACACACACAGCAAGAAACAUGCGUCUGAGAGCACACCUAGUUUUGAACAGAGGCUUCAGGUGAUGCUGCACAGAAUGGGCGUGGCCAAAACUCUGCCUGCUGACACCAAGACAAACCAGAAUAAAGACGAGGAGCUGAGGAAGGCCAACUCUGAAGGUGCCAUCCUGGACAAACCCGUCCCACCUUCCACAUACAUGAAGCCCAGAACGAUGUCCACUUCAGCAGCAGACCCCAGGCAUCCCAUGAGAGCGCUGGACCCUAUCCGACCGGACCCUCCCCUCUACCCGAAGCCCGCCGUCCCCGAGCGUCCUGUCGUCCCGCUGCCGCCCAAACCGGCUGUCGCAGCAAAGCCCCCCCUGCCCACCCCGGCUCGCCCGGCCUCGGCUCCUCCGCCCAGCAGCCCGGCAGGGAGAGUCCAGCUCAGAGCUCACACGUUCGACGGCCGGCCGGGGGAGAGCACCGCCCAGAAUGGAAGCCAGGAGUGUCCCCAGGGUGCAGCCUCCGCUCCGUCCUCCAGGAGAGAGCUGCUUCCUCCAGCUCCGUCUCCGUGGAGGGGUCCCGGUGCACAGGAUCGCUCUGAGAAGGCACAAUCAGUGACAGACGAGAGUCUUCCUAAGCCCCGCCCACACAUGAAGCCCCUUCCGCGACGCAGAGCUGUGUCCGUCCAUGAGGACACUCUGGCCAUGACACAAGAGCUGAAGGCGGUGUUGCAGAGGUCGCCCAUCCGUUGCCGGGGCAAAGGAGGGGACCUGCCCACCUGCACUGAAGACCCAUCUGGUGGGGGGGAAGCCCAAAGAACUCCGGAGGCCAGUGACACAGGGAAGCAGACAUGUGAAGGAAAGAAGGAGACUGUCCAGAUGGACGAGAGAGGACGGCCGGGCUGUGGACGGACAGUCGCUGAAACCAAGCACCCCCCUCCAGGGGAAGAGGACACCCCAGUCUCACGGUGUCCCUCCUCUACAGCCCAGGCUCAACAAGAAGCCUCAGCGCCCCGACUCUUCAGUCCAACUGCAGCCGUCGACAGAUCCGUCCUGGAGCGGCCUCCAGCGCUCACCCAGACCCGGGAGAGGUCUCCUGUAACCCCCACAUCCGAGAAAAAGAGCCCCAGCACAGCCCCGCCAGUGCCCCGAACUCUAGAAAAGCCGCUGGUGUCCCCACCACCCCAAGAAAAGACCCCGAGCACAAUCCCAGCUGCACCGGAAUCCCCAGAACACCCUCGAGUGAGCCCUCUGUCCCACAAGAAGAAGAGCCCCGGCGCAGUAGCCGCCACAGCGGACUCGAGAAACAGCACACAGGAGAGAGGGGGGGCGCUCUCUGCACAGCACACAAUGAAGGCAGAGCCAGCAGACCAAAGAACUGAGCCCCCUCUAUGUGAAUAAAUCACACACAGACAGACCUACAUAAGA